AGCACCAACCACAGCUAGAAAAACAACAGCUAGAGAUCGAAACCACCCAGACCAAGAAGAUGCAGCACGCCAAGGUGAAGGUGAAGGACAGCGCGAGCGCCAUGAAGGCGAACGCGACGAUCACCCGGGCCAAGGUGGCCGAGAAGGCGGAGGCGGCGACGGCGAGGUCGCACGACGAACGGGAACUGGCGCACGAGCGCGGCGCGGCCAAGGUCGCCGCCGCUGAGAUGGAGCUGCACCAGGCCAAGGUGGCGCACCGCGAGGAGGCCAUGGAGCACCGCCUCCGCAAGCACGUCCACGGCCACAAGAAAGACGACAAGCACGGCGGCGGCCACUGAUAUAUUCAAGCAUGACCCCGCGCGUGUGUGCGUGUAUGUGUAUAUGUGGUGUGUUUGUGAUGUAGCCUGGCUGAAUUUCCUCUUUUUCUUUCCCUUUACUUCCGUACUGUGCGCCGUACGUGUUAGUGUUGAUUUGACGUCGGCCUCGAUUUGACUUCACAUUGACAUUGUUGGUAAU